UAAAAUUGGUAUUACAAAAACAAAGAGAGCUAGCUAGCCACUACUAGAAAUUAAGGUUGUGUUUUAUCUCUGUCCGUCGGGGCUGUGCAUUUUAAGUGUGAGUAAGACGGAGUUUACACUCUCGGCCAUCAAUUCAUAACCAUCUUUCUUUCUUGUGCAACUGUUUCUCGUCGGUCGUGUUCUAGCCUCUAGGAUCUAGUGCGAACGCAGGAUGGACGCCAUUCGUGCGAGAUAAAUUGUGGCUUCGCUCACGUAGCGACAGUGCGUGCAUCAGUGGCGGGCGUGGAGUAUGCUAUAUGUGUGACUGGUCCGGUCGGGUGGCCUCGGAGUGUGGAGUGUGUGGAGAGUGCAGAGAGUACGGAGAGUGUACGGCAGCUUCGGCUGAGCAGGCAGGGCGGAGAGGCAUGGCGGGCGCGAGGUGAUCGGGCGGCCGCGGCGUCCGCUCGCGCUCCGCCGGCCCCAUGCGAGCGCCGGAGGUUUUAUGGGUGUUUGCGUGAGUUGCCGGCGCCGCGAGCGAAAGGCACCCGAGAAGCACUGGGUGCCCAUCGCGGGCGGGCCCGCUAAGGGCGCGGUGGCAGAGUUGCUUCCGCGGCGUGUCGACCUGCAAGCCAUGGCAAACUCUAUCUCCAAUAUCAAAAUGACCAACCCUAUCAAGGGCAUCGUGAGCAAACGCCGAAAACGAUACGUGAAGGACGGCUUUAAUUUAGACUUAGCAUAUAUAACGGACAGGUUAAUAGCUAUGGGCUUCCCCGCCGAGAAGCUGGAGGGUGUGUACAGGAACCACAUAGAUGAAGUGUACCGCUUCCUGGAACAGAAGCACAAGGACCACUACAUGAUAUACAACCUGUGCGCCGAGAGAGAGUACGACUACACCAAGUUCAACAAGAGGGUGCAAGUGUUCGCGUUCAAGGACCACGAGCCGCCGAAGAUCGGUCAGAUCCAGCCGUUCUGUGAGGACGUUCACAACUGGCUCAGCAAGGACCCUCGGAACGUGGCCGCCGUGCACUGCAAGGCUGGCAAAGGAAGAACCGGUACAAUGGUGUGCUGCUACCUGCUGUACAGCGGACAGAAGACCACGGCGGAUGAGGCUCUUAAAUACUAUGGCAACAAACGCACACACGACGAGAAAGGUGUUACGAUCCCGUCCCAGCGACGCUACGUGGAAUACUACGCGGCGCUGGUCCGAGGAGGGCUCUCGUACCGCGCCACCAGGGUGCACGUCCGGGAGAUCCUCAUGUACCCUCCGCCGGCCUUCAACGGCUCGCAGUGUACCCUGCAGCUGACGGUCACGCAGGCUGACCCCUUCCACAAGACGUCGCUGGGCAGCCACGAGGUGCGCCGCCACGAGUCGGUGGCGCGGGUGGUGGCGACGGCGUGCGCUCCGCUGGCCGGGGACGUGCGGGUGGACGUGUACUGCAAGCCCAAGAUGAAGAUGAGGAAGGAGAGGCUGUUCCACUUCUGGUUCAACACGUACUUCGUCACCGCCGGCGUCGGAGCCGCCAACGUGCCCGCGCCCAUCGACAGUCAAAAUCAAGAAACAUUCAAGUUGACGCUGGACAAGUGGCAGCUGGACGACGCGCACAAAGACAAGCAACACAAAAUGUACAGCGCCGACUUUAAGGUGGAGCUGAUAGUUCACAAGCUGCCCGAGUCGUCGACGUUCAGCGUUCCCCGCGGGUCCUCUCCGGCCAGCUCCUCCUCGGACCCGGACACGGAACACGAGCAGGAGUGGGACUCCGGUGAGACAGACUACACUACGGACAAAUAUCUCCAGACAGAUCCCGAGAUAGAUCCCGAGAUAGACCGCGGGAUAUCCGACGCGGCCGACUCCGACAGGCAGCUUCACACCAGUCACCAGUACCAUCGCCAGCGGGAAUGCGACGCUCUACCGGGGUCGAACCCGUUCUAUCCCCGGAGCGAUCCGUUCGCUCCCUCCGACCUCCCUCCCCGGUUACGUCCCGGGCCCGACCCGCAGCACUCCCCUCCCUACCGCUAUCUGUCAAACGUGCCCGAAUAUCCCGAACACUUCCCUCGAGACUGUACGAGGGUGGACCGCCCGCCCCCGACACACACUACCCACCCUCCCGAGACGAACACCAACGGUGACGAGGACCUCCUGUACACCGACACCGAGCCGGUCAUGUUCGGCGGACACAAACUAGCAGACUAUCGCUUAGAGAAAUUGCCGGAGUACACUCACAGUGGCUACUACGACGACAGAAAUAACUUCAACGUACCGAUGGCGCGGUACGACGUGUGUCCCGGGGACGAGUACCCGGCGGGGGAGGACGCCGACACUAUGGAGUACCGCGGGGACGACGCCAAACAAUACGAUAGGAAUAAGAAGUGCAAGGACCCUCUCACCAAGCCGCGUCUGUCGCUGGGGGACAUGAGGGCCUCGUGGAGAGAGUUCAGCGGCAAGUUCGGCGAGAGCAGGAAAAAGAAGAAUAGGGACGACUGACAGAACCAUAGGAUACAGAAUAGUUAUCGAUUAACACAGCGUGGGCGUUCCUGUCCAGUUAUUGUGAUGGUUGUGGUCACGUGAGCCCCGGGUGACCUCGGUCACGGCCCGAGCGACCGCUUCUCGGAGCAAACCUUAAUUCCAUCGAUAGUCGGUAGCAGGUGUUAGUUUCGUUUGUUCUGUUAAUAUACCAAAUCAGUUUGUGUAGUGAUAGGGUAAGUGCCGCCUCUUCAGGUAGGUCUCGACUAUGGGUCAGAUAUGUUCGUUUUAUUACUGUAAGAAGUCUGGCGUAUUUUGACACACGUUCAUGGUUUUACUGUAAACUAUUCCAAAUUAAAUGUGAAAUCCAAACCUGGGUUAGCGCUAAUAACGAAAAGGGUUGGCACAGCCCCAUAAACAACGUUCAGUGUAAGGGUUGUCACAUAUGUCCCGUUUGGUAAUAAAAUUAGUAUCAUUACAAAACAUGUACGUUAUCAUCCAGUAAUGUAACGUGAUUAUAAAUUUUUAAUCACUAUAAUUAUGUUAUAUAAAAAAACAUUGUGACGACCCUAAUACGUAACAUUUGAAAUACGUCUUAACAGAGAAAUGUCGCGAGCGACAAUCUAUUUAUUACAAAGUUAUCAUAUGACAUCACAUUUGUUAUUUUUUUUAUUAAUGACAACAAGCGACGCCUUCUUUAAAGUCAAAAUUCUUUCAAUAAUAAUUAAUAUUCAAAUACAGAGACUAUACUUUCCGAGGUGUGUCUGAGGAACUGCUCCAUACAGUUAUUACAAACCAUCUAUAGUAGAGUCACGGACUAACUAAAACAAAGAGAUGGGCGCAGGAGAUACAUUUCCCGUUACAUGUAGAGUAGCCUCGACCUCGGCAGGUUGACUAUAAACAGUGUGUCCAUGUGUCUCCUGUGUAGUGACUAGAGGUCGUGUCAGGUGUAUAUGUAUGUAUGUGGUUGUAGCGUCGUCGUGCGGGCGCGUGGGGCGCUACCGGCCGCUGUCGCCCGCUAGAGACCUCGACCACACGUAAAUAUAACCAGCCGAGCAGGAACGCUGCUUAUAUACCGCCCCCACCACGCACCCACCACAUCCCCACCACCGACCAUCACUAGAGAACAUUCAUAAAUAGAGUACAGUGUAUUCUGUAACAGUCAAUCCAUAAAUAAAAAUACAUUUUGACACUAAGACAUUUCUCCUUUGCCCGUGUGUGUUUGUGUGUGCGUGUGUGUGUGUGUGUGCGUGCCGCCUGCGCCGCAGGGCGGUAGUUCCAUUUACCUAUAACACUACCGCGGAGGCCGUCACCCGCUUGCAGUGAGAGCGUUUCUUAUGUUGGUUUCUAGUUGCCCGGCACCGCUUGUUCUUAUCACCACAUUAUUAUUUUUUUUUAAUAUUCGAUGCCUGCUCUAUUUUUCUAAUUUUUUGUGCUUUUUUCAGGUCUGUUUGUUUAAUCCCACCCUCACGUGUUAAACAGAUUAUAUUCCGCUUCUAUUAAUGUGCAUGCCACAACACACGGGACGAACAGAAAACUACAAUUUUAAAGAUAUUUUCUCUAUACAUGUUGCCUGUGACCGUGGUUUUCUGUCCGCUCCGCGUCCAUCUUGUAUAUACCGUUGUCCUUGUGGGAUGUGUCUUGUGUCCAGGUGCAUAUAAUAUUCAUUUAACAUGGCACCCACACAUGUAAACAGUCGUGUUAAUAUUAUUAAUGAUGACAGCCGUCUGUGUGCGUGUGUGUGUGUGUGUGUGACGUCACCGUAACCAUCACCCCGCCUCACGCUUCGCUCUCCUGAACGCAUCACACAUGCCACGUUUUAUUUUUUUAUUGUUGAACGCCUUCAUACGUCCUCUAGGGACCGCGCUCGCCGGUCCAGGUCGCCUGUAGAACGUGGCAUCUGUAACGUUCCAGCGCUAAAUGGGUUGUUUGAAUUUUUUCCAGGUGAAUCUACAUACCUGUGAGUGUCGCUGUGUUGUGUGAGAGCUGGCCGGCUCGGAGCCGCCGGGGACGCGUAGUGCCGAGCAGUUAGUGUUCUGUGUGUGUUAACGUAGCCACGUGGUGUGUGUAUAUGUGCGGGUCGCGCCCGGACACGACCGGACCGAGCACACGCGAUGUGUUCUGUAAUUCCGGGAGACGUUUUCUUUGCAUCUUUAUAAUUUUUUUUUGGAUGAGGUUUUUGAAAUAUUUCGAUUAUUUAAUCUCUCGAAAUUCUGUACUGUAUCCGAUGACGUGUUUCCGGUGUUUAUUAGACUGUUGAUAGUUAAUGGCCAGUGUCGGACAGAUUCGCGUCGUCCUUUUUAUUAACUGUAGGGUUUUUUUUUGUUUUCUGGGUUUAUUUUUUCGAUCGCCGACAUCGAGGAGGCUUGGAACGUUUGGGAGUGUGUACAUGAUAAAUACGAAUGGUAAUGAUUAAUGUGAAAAAAUAUGCGUCGAUACAAGAAAUAGUUUUAGUGUAUUUUGUUUUUUUUUUCAAUUUAAUUUGUUAUACGAAUAUAAUUUAAUGUCGCCGUCUUAAAUUUGAAUGUUUCUCAUUUGAAUGCGCAUUAGCUCGGUCGGCGGUGCUUCCCUGUGUCUUGUGUUACCCCUCCCCUCCACGGCUAGGAGUCAGCGUCAAGACAGUACAAACGCUUCCUCACACAUGGCUUGCUUCGUUCGCCGAUUCUGUUGCUGCGCGAUAACUUACUGGUUUCGAUUAGUUUAUAAUUUUAAUUAGAGGAAUACAUUGUCGUUUGGCGAGGCAGAUCCCACCAUAGGACCGAUCACCUCAAUACGAAAUGAAUCUUAUUCAUGUGCCACUAAGGUUUAGAUUCGCUCGCCGCGCUCGGUGUGCCGGGCGAGUCUAUACCUUACGGAGCCAUAUGGUUUCUUUUGUCCGGGGUGGUCGGGUCCGUAACUAUUCGUUCGGUCCGCGGGGCCGCAGGUUUUCAUAGAUCUCAUUAACUGCCAUCUCUGUAGGCUAUCAUCGCGUUGUAUGGGAAUUUAGUUUUAGCUUAUUUGGUAUUGGAAUUUCAUAAUUUGCGUUUUCGGAAACAAAUUACCGGCGAAAUUUUUAGAAACACCUACGUUUUGGCAAAAGCCCCAUAUGGCAGUCUCUCAUUAAGAAAAAUCACAAAACAGUUGACAUCAACAAUAUGUUUAUCUCGUUUGAAUCCAAAUAAACGCUAUCCAAAGAAAGUGAAUGUACCUACCUUACACGUGUUACGUUUAAUGUUAUAGCAGGGCGGAUGACUUGCUCGAGUGUGGACACUUGGCGGUAGGAAACGGUUACGAACAAUCUAGUAUGUAUAUAUUUUAUUACGAAAAAAAUUUUUUUUUUAAAGUGACGCGUGUUUUCAUGCCUUAAGUUACGGUUAGGGAAGUUUAAUUUGAUAGGAAACAGACUUUGAUUUAAUAUUUCUGGAAGGACAACAUUAGGUCUCGUCUGUCACCGCCGCGCCGACACGGGACGCGAGUAUCCUUCAGCGACAGAUGUAACGACUUAGUCUACACGAAACGGGUUGAAAGUGCAAAUUACUAUACAAUCUAAUUAUAUUAAAUCAAUUAUUUUGUAAAUUCGGCAGUGAGACAUAUUUGGUUUUGUAAAUAUCGUUAUUUUAGAGUUGUUCAGAUCUGUGUUUUUAUUUGUCUAUAUUGUAAGUUAGGCGAUGUCUCGGCUCGGGUCGAGACGGCCGUCCGCAGUUAUAUUUUCUAUGACGUUAGGGACUGUUCAGAAACAGGAAGAGGACUUCAUCAGAAACGAUGGAGGGUUAUUGAAGGAAUUUGGGACUAUUUUGAUUUUUGACUAUUCUCUAUGUAGAAAACUACAUAUUAACAUUCACAUAUAUCGGACAGGUGUUUGUCGUGAUUCGUGAACGAAGGAAAGAUUUCUUUCUUAAUAUUUAUUACAAAACGUUACUAAGCGAAUCCCUCCUCUUUUAUCGGACCGUUUUGGAAGCGAGGGCGCGCGGUGUGUCGCGGGAGGCGGGUGGAGUGCUAGUAUUAACAACAUAGUGUAAGGUGUCGUAGGUUAGCUUAGGGACGUCAUAGAAACAACGGAAUUAUUAUUAUUAUAUAUAUUUUUAUUAUAAAUUUAACAUUAAACGUGAAGGGUUGAUGAUUUUGAACAACAGAACGGAGCUAGACAUUCAUUAUUGAUUUUGUCAAUUUUAAAUUGUUCUUUUUACAAAAUAUAUUUAUGCUCUCUGUUGUUAGAAACAGCCUCGUUAUUUUUAGGAUAUCGUAAAGGUAUUAAAAUUUUUUUAAAGGCUAAAGCUGUCACACGAAUGCUUCCAAAUGAAAUAAAUUGUUUUACUUUAUUUUCUAUAAGGUUCAUGAUUUUCUGUUUAACAUGUUUCUCAUUAAUUAGUAUGUAAUUUAAUUCUUUAAUGUACGUCACUUUUGUUUUUUUUUCUUUAUAUCCGAAUAAAAUGUAAAUAUUGCUAGAUCCCUAAUUCGUCCGCUUGAUCGAUGUGUUUCGUCCGGGUAUCUCCGACGCGUCUUUGUCGAAGACAAGUCCAACUGUUCCGAUCCUUCCUUAGUCGGGCGUCGAUUCAUACGAAACGCUAUGUAACUCAGCCGGCGAUGUCCAACCCUCAUUCCACGUUCUCGGGAUACCUUCGUUAUCUCUCUCCGACUACCCCCCGACUGUCCCAAUCAACUGUUUAGCUUUAAAAGAUUGUUGUUUGCCUUAAAAAUGUGAUCUUAUGACGAUUAUACUUAAAGGGAGGACUCGUGUCGCGGCGGCGCCCGCAGCCCGCGGUGACCGUGAAGGGUUUUAAUGAUACGAUUUAUAACAGAGUCACCGCGCGUCUGUGACGGCGCGCCGCGGCGCAGAGGAAUAAUAUGCCUUGUAUAAUGAUAACAAAAUGAAUUAUGUAUUGUAAGACUUGACAAUGUGCGGUUAUGAUAGGAACAGGAGUGUGUCAAUUGAGUACAGAUAUAUAGCGCGAGGGGCUUCGCUGACACGGGCGCUCACAGGCGGAGGCGCGGGAGGCAGGGGGAGCACAAGUGUGGGUAGACUGUAUAAUAGAACAAUGUUUUGGAUCAACCAUUUUAUUGGGAAAAAAGUGUUCAAAAUUUUUUUAUAGCAAUCAAUGAUUCGUCACCGCGCCGGCGGAGCCCCCCGCGCAGAAUUAUUUAAAAAAAACUUUUUUAUGAAUCGUAUGAAAUUCUUAGUUCCACAAUAAUUAAAAUAAAAAUAUGUAAAUUUUUUCUUAUCUUAGUAAGUAAAAGAUCUCAUAUGACAUAUUUUUUGUUUUGUCUUUUUUAUAUUUUGAUGAACUUCAGAAUAGUCGAGUUGAUUUAAAGACAACCUAUGUAAAAUAAAAUAUAUUGAUGUAUAUAAAA